GUGCUGGGUGACAGCAGCAGCUCUAGGUGCAGUGUUUGCAGGAUCCCAGGAUUACCGGGUGCUGCGAGCUGAGCGGCCGCGCACGUUGCUGAAGGCUACUUGUGAGGGAUCAUAGACAUAAGGAAAAUGGCGUCUCUACUUCUAACCAGACAGAUGACAAACGCUCUGCAACAGAACAACAGGUUUUUUUUGCUGGGAUGCAGAUGCGCCAGUCAAGCAGCGGCAAAAAAGAAUGUUGAUUUUGAGUAUGAUGGUCCUCUAAUGAAGACGGAAGUGCCUGGUCCAAAAUCAAGAGAAUUAAUUAAACAGUUGAAUACGAUUCAGAACGCAGAUGCUGUGAACUUUUUUUGUAACUACGAGGACAGUCGUGGGAACUACCUUGUUGACGUAGACGGCAACAGAAUGUUGGAUCUCUAUUCGCAAAUUUCAUCCAUUCCAAUCGGAUAUAAUCAUCCAGCCCUUAUAAAGGUUCUACAGCAGCCACAUAAUUUUAGCACAUUCAUCAACAGACCAGCACUGGGAAUUUUACCUCCAGAGAACUUUACUGAGAAGUUAGAGGAAUCGUUACUGACUAUUGGACCUAAAGGCUUGAAAAACGUAAUCACAAUGUCCUGUGGCUCGUGUUCCAAUGAGAAUGCAUUUAAGCUAACAUUUAUGUGGUACAGAAACAAAGAAAGAGGCCUUAGUGGGGUUACAAAAGAGGAGCUGGAGUCGUGUAUGAUUAACCAGUCUCCAGGUUGUCCUGAUUACAGCAUUUUAUCAUUCAUGGGGGGAUUUCACGGAAGAACUUUAGGUUGCCUGGCAACAACACACUCUAAAGCAAUCCACAAACUGGACAUUCCUUCCUUUGACUGGCCUAUUGCCCCUUUCCCAAGACUGAAGUAUCCUCUGGAGCAGUUUGUGAAGGAGAAUAAAGAUGAAGAGGCUCGCUGUUUAGAAGAGGUGGAGGACUUGAUUGUGAAAUACAGGAAAAAGAAGAAGACGGUUGCUGGAAUAAUUGUGGAGCCGAUCCAGUCGGAGGGAGGGGACAAUCACGCGUCUGAUGAGUUCUUCCGGAAACUGAGAGAUAUUUCUAGAAAACACGGCUGCGCGUUUUUGGUGGAUGAGGUGCAGACAGGAGGAGGCGCUACUGGAAAGUUCUGGGCCCAUGAGCACUGGGGAAUGGAUGAUCCGGCCGAUGUGGUGACGUUCAGUAAGAAAAUGAUGACCGGUGGAUUUUUUCACAAGGCAGAAUUGAGACCAGAUGCACCUUACAGGAUUUUUAACACAUGGCUUGGAGACCCUUCCAAAAAUCUUCUGCUCGCUGAAGUGUUAAAUGUAAUCAAGAGAGAGGAUCUCGUUACCAACGCUGUGCAGUCAGGGAAGGUCCUUAUAGACGGGCUGUUGGAUAUGCAGUCGCGCUACCCACAUCUGAUCAGCAGAGUGAGGGGAAAAGGCACGUUCUGCUCCUUUGACGCUCCCAAUGACGCAACACGGACAAAGCUGAUAACACAAGCAAGAAACAAAGGUGUCGUGCUCGGUGGUUGUGGCGAUAAAUCAAUACGUUUCCGUCCAACGCUGGUCUUUAAGGAACAUCACGCACACUUGUUUCUCAACAUCUUCAACAACAUCUUGGCAGACUACAAGUAGAAGCCGAAUCCUGCGGUGCUGCCUUAGUUCAAAAUGAGAUUUUAAGAAAGUUUCUAUGUAACUUGCUAAUGUAAACGCACAGUACAGGUAUAAAGCCACACAGGGGGUCGUUUUGCUGUCAUGCCAAAACCGUGUACCCAGUAAACCGUUUAAUUGUGCCAUAACAAUAUCUAUUUUCAUAGUAUAACAAUAGAUUUUUUUUAGUACUGUACAGCAUACGUUAUGCAAGUUUGUGUCGUAGAAAUAUGUCAAAUGUUAAAUAUGAAAAAGAAAAAAUUGUCACUGACCAAUAUGCCAGAGUAUGUGAAAGUUUUUAUUUUUGCCUUUACGUUCGUUUUCAUUUGAAACUGUAUACGUGUAUAGAAACUGAACAAUACAUUGCAAAUGGUACCGUUUUAUUACAGAUAAGAGUAUGAAGCAUUUACCUGGCCUUGUGUUCUGUAGUAGAACUGUAAAGGUGUCAUGUGAAGUGUCUUUAGGGUGCUGUAGUAGUUUUGUGUAGACAAAAAAAUAAAUGUUUUACGUGUUAAUAUCACUUUUUUCUUGCUUUUAGUCCAUUCUACAAAUACGCUGUCUGUAGGAAUAACGUUGCAGCAGUGUACACCGGUUUUAUAAAAAGCACAAAUUCUGAAAUAGUUGUGUUAUGUGUUAAUGGUCAACAAAGGGUUGUGCCCUCUAGUAUUUGUAUCUGAUAAUAUAUCUGUUGCAUGUACAGAACACGAUACGUUUAUCCUAAAUCUAUUUUAUAAUGUGCUUAAUGCUAAAUACAACACUCAAGGCCAGAGAUAGAACUCAAACCUGCUUAGAAAAAUUGUUUUAAUCAUCUCCUUUAUUCACUGUGGAAAUGAGAAAUGAAAUACUGAAGAAACUAAAUUGGGUUCCAAAGCUGUUUGCAAAUGGCUAUUUAGUCUUUGCUUCAUGUAUAAGGGAUAGAGAAUGUCUUAUAAAAUACAAUAACUGACAUAAUAAAACACUAAGAUUGUAAUAAAAAAAAUUGCCCUAUACUUUUAUGAAUUAUUUAGCCCUGUUUUUUGUUAUUAUUUAACUGUGGAUACUGGACUGCAGACUGCACAAGCCUAUCCCUGCUACAUAUCUGUCUCUAAUUGGCCACAGCAGAAGGAUAAAGUAUUGAAAAAACAAUGAAAGUUUUGCUAACAAAAUGUCUAGCGUAGUCUACUCUAGUAGAGUAUUAUCUCCUCCAAAGAAGGUAAAAUGGUUGAUGCAGUUUGGCCAAUGAAAAACAAUUACAGCAAACAAGGUGUUAAUCUAUUUAGAAAGCUUUCACCUUCACUUGCUAUAUUAAUAUAUGGCAAAAUUACUAUACAAGGUGAAUUUUUUUACCCUUUAAUUCAACACCUAGAAAUAACACAGCAUAUUUAUGUACAUUGAUAAGCUACAUUUGAGUGAUGCCACAAACAAAAUUAUUUUGAAACUGAAUUUUUUUCUACAAUUAACACUAUUUACUUUUUUAUUUUUCACUUUAAUUCCACAAAUUUUUUUAAAUACAUUAUUUCUCGGGUGCUAAUUUUUAGUAACUGUAAAUCAGGCAGGAGAAGAUUCUGAGCUGCUUAGAAUUGUUUGAGCAACAUGCACACGCUAUAUUUACAGCCAGCGGAGAGAAGGCGGCAUCACCUACCAAUACGUGUCAGAGCUGGCGAGAUGGGUCACUGUAUAUUUUAUACUACACACAUGGCAAACAAAUUUAGUUUUAGAACAGUUUUCACAGGUCAUCUUUGAAGAGAACUGAUAAGUAAAAUCAGUUUGGGACAAUAUUUAAUAUUAGGUAGUUACUUAUUACACUUUCUAAAAUGUACCCAUAAUAAUUAUAAUGCAAAAUGGCAUUAUCUCCAUUAGAGCAUGCAGUGUUUGCAUUACUGAGCCUAGAUUACUGUAUUACCCCCCCUACAAAGAGGUAUAGAAAUAGCUAAAGCCGGAAACCACCAGUAAGCCAAUCCGAAGAGGCUCAGGAGCCGUAAACCACCAGUGAGCCAAUCCGAAGAGGCUCAGGAGCCGUAAACCACCAGUGAGCCAAUCCGAAGAGGCACAGGAGCCGAAAACCACCAGUGAGCCAAUCCAAAGAGGCUCAGGAGCCGGAAACCACCAGUGAGCCAAUCCGAAGAGGCUCAGGAGUCAGAAACUACCAGUGAGCCAAUCCGAAGAGGCUCAGGAGUCAGAAACUACCAGUGAGCCAAUCAGAAAUGGCAGUUGUACAACCCACUGAUCACUGGCCUUGUUCUGCUAAGAAGCUGCAAGGCUUGUUUAACCCCUUUUGAUUCUAGUUAGUUAGGAUCAGUAAUGCAGAUAUUUCAUUUGAUAGAGCAUGUCAUUUUUUCACUGGAAUGCCCCGUUGACCUAUCCAGAAUUUGUCAUCUCACUUGUUACUAGGUAUCACGGAGCACGAUUAAUAUGCAGAUAUUAAUCUGGCUAUAAGCAGCAGGGCUAGGAAAAGAAAUAAGGGGCUCCCCAUACAAUGUACUCUGUCAUUUAAAGGGACAAGAAAUCCACAUUUAUUUUUCCUUUCGUGAUUCAGAUAGAGAAUACAAUUUUGAACAACUUUUAAUUAUACUUCUAUUAUGUAAUUUGCUUAAUUCUUUUGGUAUCCUUUGUUGAAAGAGCAGCAAUGCACUACUGGGAGCUAGUUAACACAGUGGGUGAGCCAAUAACAUCAGGCAUAUAUUUGCAGCCAGCAAUCAGCAGCUCCUGAACCUACCUAGGUAUCAUUUUCAACAAAGGAUACCAAGAGAACAUAACAAAUUAAUAGAAGUAAAUUGGAAAGUUGUUAAAAAUGACAUGCUCUAUCUAAGUCAUGAAAGAAAAUAUUUCGGUUUCAUGUCCCUUUAAAGGGACAUUCAACUCAAAAUGUAUUUCCUUCUGAAUUAAUAAGUAAUGAAAAGUAAACAUCCUUGUGAUUUUUUUUGUCUCCUUUUGCUGUAAAAUUGUGUUUGUCUCACACUUUCUAGAAAGGCUGGAAAUUUCUGUAACCUUCAUUUGCUGUAAAAGUGUGUGAACAAUAUAUCAGCUACAUACAGCCAGAGUUUGCAAAGUCCAGCGGACAGGGCCGUACAUCUUCAUCCCCGUCCGCCUUAUAUCUUGUCUAGUGGGCAGCAAUACACUGCCCGCAUUUAUCACUGCACACUACAGUUAGUGUGCAACACUGCACCCUGCUUAUGCGCAGACAGUUGCACGUGAGCAGGGGCUGUCAAUUUCCUCAGUCGAAAAAGUCUGGGUUGAUUGAGAUACGUCCCAUAACAGGUAGACUAGACCUCUGCUUCUUAACUCUCGGCUGCAAAUUCGCUCAUGCAAGCCUGCUAAAUCUAGGCCAUAGUGAAUACUUAGAGCAGAGCGAAAUCAUAAGUAAGCUAGUCCUAAUUGGUUACAAUAAAGUGAUAUAAGAUAGUAGCAAUUUGCUUAUAAUUAGGUUACAUAAUUGUAUUUCCUUUCAAAGGAGGAGCAUAGUAUUGUACAGCAAAGGCAAGCAAAAUAGAUCAUGAAGGUAUCAUUAAUUAAUUAAUGUAUGAGCAGUUAAAUUGUGCAUUUAUUAUAAUGUUAUGUUCCCUAAAUUCAAAGUAAAACCAAUUAUUAUUUUUUUCUUCACCUCCAUUUGGCACAUAUUGUAGCAUAUCACCUGUUUAUGUUUCAUAUAUAUUUACUCUGUAGUAGGAUUAUUACAUAUGUGUAGCAUGCCUCACGCCUGUAAUUACUGCUGAACCGUCUUCUUAGGCAGUGUUUUCAAUUUUAAUAUUAAUAAAUGUUUUUAUAAUUUUUACAGACACUUAGAUGAAAUCUAUAUAUAAACAUAGUAAUAUAACAGAAUAAAAUAUUAUAGAAGUGCACCCGCACAUAUAGGGUGAAUAUAUUGUUUACAGUGUUCUGAUAGUGCCAAACGUCAAAUGACUAACUGCACUUCAUGUGUGAUCUUUAAAAAUUGUGUCUAGAAAUCUGUGGAUUUAACGACUUUAUGUGCUAAUUACUAUCAAAUAAAAUUAUUUGUAAAUUUA